CCCUCAGCGGAAGUAAAACAAAACGGCUCCAAGCGGAUCGGGUUGUGUUUUUGUUCCUCAGCUGAAUAUCUCAGCAACAAUGUCUUCAGUUCAGCAUCUGAGGGAUUUUAUCAGAGAGAGACUAACUGCUGCUGCGGAGGAAAUCUUCAUUCAGGUGGAAAAAACCAUCGUCCGCUACGAGGAGGACAUUAAACUGCUGGAAACCUGCUGGAAUAAACCUCAGAUAAAGACAACCGGAACUGAUCCAGACCAAGAUGAACCAGAACCUCUGCAGAUUAAACUGGAGGAACCAGAACUUCCACUGCCUGAAGUGGGCCUGGAAGAACUUGGACCGACUAAACGAAACCAGAAGGAACCAGAACCUGGAGGAAUCACAGGAGAACUGACACAACCAGAACCAGCACAGAUUAAAGAUGAACUCUCAGAACCACAGCGGCUGAACGUCCAGCUGUCCAACAGCCAGGAGGGACAGCAGCUGGUACUGAAGGAGGAGACGUCUGUGGACCUGCUGAGUUACCAGCAAACCGAAGCAGAACCAGCAGCUGAGCAGCUUUACAGUUAUUAUGGUUCUGAAUCUCAGACCCAGAGUUCAGAAGGAGCCGUCUCCACUGUGUCCCAGAGUCUGUCGCACAGAAACACUGAUUCUUCGCUGAAAUGCGACUUCUGUGAAAAAGUCUUCAACUACAAAAACAAUCUGGUUCAGCAUCUCAGGACUCACACAGGCGAGCGGCCAUUUUCCUGUAAAACAUGCGGGAAGAGCUUCUCCAAAAGCAGCAAUCUGAAGGUGCACAUGAGAUCCCACACAGGCGAGAGGCCUUUCACCUGCAGAGUCUGCGGCAAAGCUUUGAGUUCAAACAGACAUCUGUCCGAUCACAUGGUCACACACUCCAGCCAGAAGCCCUACGGCUGCUCAGUGUGCGGAAAAACGUUUUCUCAUGAGAGCUCCUUCCAGUACCACAUGAAAGGCCACAACGGCGACAAACCCUAUUCUUGUGACACGUGUGGAAAAAGGUUUAUUCUCAGUUCCAGCCUGCUGAAGCACAUCAGAACCCACACAGGGGAGAGGCCUUUCUGCUGCUCCACAUGUGGAAAACGGUUCGCUCAGAGCAGCAACCUGAGCAUUCACAUGAGAAUCCACACGGGAGAGAAACCGUACUGCUGCCCAACAUGUGGAAGGAGUUUCUGUCGUAGAGCAGGUCUGCUGAGGCACAUGGAGACUCACAGGACCGUCUGAAACCAGCAACAUUCCUUCUACAGUCAAUCAGUAGCUUUUGGUUCCUGCUGCUCACAGUCAGACGCUGCAGAACCAUUUAUCCUGCAGAACUGUAAAAACAAUGUUUUAGAAUUAGAAGAGGAAAUAUUUCAGAGCUGGGAUCACCUGAGUGUUUUUACACCUUCACAAACGUUUGGACUAAAAGGUGAAAUGGAUCCGUUUAAAGCCGAGCAAAUUAAUCAGGUGUGAACACACCUUUAAGGUUUUAAAGAAAACCUGACGCAAUAUCUUAAAUAUUAUUAUGAACUAAUUACUUUGGUAAUUAUUAACUAGAGUCAGUUUGUUUUCUGCAGCACCGUUCAGGCCAUAACUUACCCGACAUAAUGAAACAUCAUAUUGACAUCAGUCAGGUGUUGAUGCUCACUGAGCACCUGCUUUAUUAGCAGGAUUCAAUUAUUGUGGAGAGAAGCUACGUUCGUGAAAAAACAUUGCUAUCUUAAAACAUUUCUUGAAAUGAGACACAUUUUUUCUUGUUCUAAGUCUUUAUUGAAGUUCAAAACAAAAUGUACACAUUGUACAACAGCUGAGAAUCUGAAGAAUUACAAGAAGUAGCCCACACUUAGGUUUGAUUUGGAACAUGAUAGGGUGACGGUGACGUCAUCGGCCAAAAUUAUAACKUUUAAUAUCUCAGAAACCAAAACUGCACAAACGAAAAUUUUAACGGCACAAACCUGCACAAACRGAGCACUAACGAACUAGCYCACUUUGGUUUGUUUUGGAGCAUAUGGGGGGAUGRUGACGUCAUCGGCCAAAAUUAUAACUUUUAAUAUCUCAGAAAC